AUGUGGUCAUUUUUCUCACGAGAUCCUACUAAGGAUUUUCCUUAUGAAGUAGGGGAUCCGGUACGUGGCUUAGAGGACAGAAGUGUGUGGACACUUCACAAAGGCAAGAAAAGGGGAACUCAAGAUGAAGUGUCAAUAUUUUUAUUUGAUGUCACAAAAAAUUCUGAAACCCUUUUCGAUAUUGCUAAAGCCUCCUUAAAGAAACUAAAGACUAUGAGACACCCAAGCCUUUUACAUUAUUUAGAUAGCUGUGAAACUGAAAAAUUUUUAUAUGUAGCCACAGAAUAUGUAGAACCUUUAGCUACCCAUAUAGAAGAUAUGAAAUUAGAGGGUCAGCAGCGAGAAUUAUUUCUAGCAUGGGGUGUAUUUCAAAUAACUAGGGCUCUAUCGUUUUUUAAUAAUGAUGGUAAUAUGAAACACAAUAAUGUGUGCUUAUACUCUGUUUUUGUAACACUGGCUGGAGAAUGGAAACUUGGAGGAUUUGAAUUCCUCACAGCUCAUGGGCAGGAUACUUCUAGUCCUAUGCCCAUUAAAAUAUUGCCUGCUUUGGAAAUAUAUGAUCCACCAGAAAAGAAAGAUCCAACAAAAUUAAAAUCUGUUACUAAAUGCUCAUCAGAUAUGUGGGGACUUGGUUGCCUCAUAUGGGAAGCGUUUAAUGGGCCCCUGUCAAACCAACCAGCUCUCAAAGCAGUAGAUAAAAUACCAAAACAACUGUGUACAUUAUAUUGUGAGUUAGUCAGUGCAAAUCCUGCUUCAAGACCAAACCCGGCUGAUAUAAUUACAAGAUGUCGAAAAAUGGGUGGAUAUUUUAAGAAUGAUCUCAUAGAUACAAUGCUGUUUCUUGAAGAAAUACAAAUCAAGGAUAAAAUGGAGAAAGCAAAGUUCUUCUCAACACUUAGCAGCUACUUGGACAACUUCCCCGAGGGUGUCUGCACCCACAAGAUCCUCCCACAAUUGCUCACUGCAUUCCAUUAUGGCGAUGCUGGUUCAGCAGUACUCGCACCUAUGUUUAAGUUGGGUAAGUUAUUAGAAGAUGCGGAUUACCAGAAGCAAAUUGUGCCAUGUGUAGUGAAAUUAUUCGCUUCGAAUGACAGGACAACGCGGUCGCGACUCUUACAGCAGUUGGAUCAAUUUAUUAUGCACCUGCAAAAUUCUACUGUGAAUGACCAAAUAUUCCCACAAGUGGUCCACGGCUUCCUGGACACUAACGCAAUCAUCAGAGAGCAGACGGUCAAGUCCAUAGUGCAUUUAGCUCCGAAGCUCAACUAUAAUAAUUUGAAUGUGGAGGUGCUAAGGCAUUUUGCUAGGCUACAGUCAAAAGAUGAUCAAGGGGGAAUAAGAACAAACACAACGGUGUGUUUAGGCAAGAUAGCAGCUCACCUACACCCACAGAUUCGGCAGAAGGUUCUAGUAUCAGCGUUUGUGAGAGCCACUCGGGACGCGUUCCCUCCCGCGCGGCAGGCCGGCGUGCUCGCGCUGGCCGCCACACAACAGUACUUCUUGUUGUCUGAAGUAGCCAACCGAGUGUUGCCAGCACUCUGCCCUCUCACUGCUGACCCUGAGAAACAGGUUCGUGACGCAGCGUUUAGAACUAUAAAAGGUUUCCUUGGAAAGUUGGAAAAAGUUUCGGAAGAUCCUAGUUUGAAAGAGGGCAUGGAGGCGGACGUGCACACGGCGACGCCGUCGCUCAGCAACGCGGCGGCGACGUGGGCGGGCUGGGCCGUCACCGCCGUCACCGCCAAGUUCUACCGCUCGCACUCCGACACCGCGCGCGUGCAGCACGCGCCCAAGUCCGUGCUCUCCAAGCCGGGCUCUCUGGAGCAACCGUCAUCGAGCAGCAUGUCUACGACGACGUCGUCGGUGACGUCGAUGACCUCGCUCGAGCACAGCGAGUCCGCCUCCGACUACGACCCCGAGCACUGGGAUAUGACCGCGUGGGGCGAGAUAGACUCUAGUGCAGGUACGACGGCAGCGAGUGCGAAGUCCCCGCCGAGCAGCGGCAGCGCGCAGGCCACGCCCGGCCUCGCCGCGCUCUGCGAGGACGACUGGGACAACGAGUGGGGCACGCUGCAGGAACAGCCUGCGGCAGAAGCAGAGCUGGCGAGUCCAUCGGAGACGUGGAACAACGCGCAGUGGAGCGAGCCGCACGUGAACAGCGCCAACGCGACGUACGUGCGCGCCGCCUCGCGCCUCGACCACCGCCCCGCGCACCAGAACAGCGGCGACUCGCUCGGCGGCUGGGAGGACGGGGACUUCGAGCCCAUCGAGGAGGAUGAGGAUGAAAACAAUGCAUCCAAAAUGGACGAAAUGAGACGAAAACGCGAAGAAAGGAAGUUGCAGAGACAACGUGAAAUGGAAGCGAGACGAAAUGCGCGAGGACAAGGACCAAUGAAACUAGGCACCAAGAUUACGACCCCUCCACCCCCAUUC